UGGAUGUGGUCCUCUUUCUUCCUCUAUCUCACAUAAGCUUCAUUUUUCUGCUAAUAUUUUCCAUUCUUUUUUUUAAGAUAAUAACUCUCCCUUUAACUCGUUGUGAGGUAAACUUCACACUUUGAGUCUUGAAUUGAACUCCUUUGUGUUUUUUGUAGAUUGAUUCAAUGGCUUCAGUAAUGCUCAGUGGAACUGAAAAGCUUACUCUCUUCAAUUUCAGAACCCUAAACGGAAACGCGUUGGGUUUCACCGGUUCCGACUUGCACGGUAAGGGCUUUCCCAAAAUGAGUUUAGUGGGUAAUACGAGAAAUAGGUUUCCCAAUUCUAGGAACACAGUGGGACCCACUUGUAGUGUCUCUGCUUCGAGGCCAACCUCGCAGCCAAGGUUCAUACAGCACAAGAAAGAGGCGUUUUGGUUCUACAGGUUCCUCUCAAUUGUGUAUGACCAUGUCAUAAACCCUGGCCAUUGGACUGAGGAUAUGAGGGAUGAAGCUCUUGAACCUGCUGAUCUCAGUGAUCGGAACAUGAUUGUUGUGGAUGUUGGUGGUGGCACGGGUUUCACCACAUUGGGUAUUGUUAAACAUGUGGAUGCAAAGAAUGUCACCAUUCUUGAUCAGUCUCCUCAUCAGCUUGCUAAGGCCAAGCAGAAGGAACCGUUGAAAGAAUGCAAGAUAAUUGAAGGGGAUGCCGAAGAUCUUCCCUUUCGAACUGAUUAUGCCGAUAGAUAUGUUUCCGCUGGAAGUAUUGAAUACUGGCCGGAUCCGCAGCGUGGCAUCAAGGAAGCGUACAGGGUCUUGAAACUUGGAGGCAAAGCGUGUUUGAUUGGCCCGGUUUACCCAACAUUUUGGUUGUCACGUUUCUUUGCAGAUGUUUGGAUGCUUUUCCCCAAGGAGGAAGAGUAUAUUGAGUGGUUUGAAAAGGCAGGAUUUAAGGAUGUCCAACUAAAAAGGAUUGGACCAAAAUGGUAUCGUGGGGUUCGCCGUCAUGGCUUGAUUAUGGGUUGUUCAGUGACUGGUGUUAAGCCUGCUUCUGGAGAUUCUCCUUUGCAGGCUGUUGUGCACUUGUGCUUAAAAGACGACUGGUCAUAUCCUGAUAUGGAAAUAAUAUAUAACAUGGAAACAGUUGACUGUUGAGAAGUGUCAAUGAACCGAAAUGAAAGGUGAAAAGAAAAUAACUACACACUCGGUCCAAAGGAAGAAGAUGUUCAAAAGCCUGUGAAUCCUUUUGUCUUCUUACUGCGCUUCGUUUUGGGUGCCUUGGCAGCUACAUGGUUUGUAUUGGUUCCUAUUUACAUGUGGCUCAAAGAUCAAAUUGUUCCCAAAGGUCAGCCAAUCUGAGAGAUAUUUGUUGUUAGUAAACCUUCUGAUACUAUCAGUUUCUUGUUCAAAAUUUCAUAAAAUGUACUAUUAUUAUGCACGCAAUUGAGAAAUAUCUUUUAAUAUCAAACCUCAGUUAGUUUGCUGCCAAAUUGAGCUCAGUUUUUCUGUGGAUUUUUGCUAUGAUAAUUUUGAGUGGGAGGGCCUAAUGCAAUGUAACCAUUUUACACGUCUACAUGUUAUUUCGUUCUGUGUCCAUCAGCAUUCGUCAGUUAUAAGAGGUCAACUAUUCCAACAUUACUGUAUGUAAUGAUCAUAUAAGGACAUCGUUAAACUGCGAUGG